UUAGACACAAAGACUUCUUAUAAAGACUCAGCUCCUGGUAGAUGCACGAACCUUGCUCUGGACUUGACGGGUGACACGACAGGACAGUGAGCUACAGUAUGUGAGGUUUGCUCUCUCCGUCAGAAGUCAUUUUUGUCCCAAGCGUGUAUCCGUACACGGAGCCGUCUAUUGGUCUUGGCGUGUAGUCCCUCAUGUUCUCAUCAUGAAUGUUGUUGAGCCGUAUGAACCCGUCCAGCACCACUGGUUCUACAACCAGCAGACGGACUCCAAAGACUCCUGGCAACCCUUCAGCAGAGAAGACUCCCAGCGGCUGGAGGAGGCGUACAGUCGAGUGGGUAAAAAAGAAAAGGAUGAAGUGGUAGUGGCUACAGAUGGAAGGAGGUAUGACGUCAGGCUACGUGAAAGGAAGCGUUACUCUGUGUAUUGGGAACAGAAGCCCGCCGAGGUCAGACGCUGCUCCUGGUUCCACAAAGGCAGCAAAGACUUGAACUACACUCCCUACAGUGAAGAUCUCAGUGAUUUCUUAGAGGAUGCCUAUAUGAUUGCGAUGACCCUGGACGAAUGGAAGCAGAAUGUGGAGCUCCCAACAGGGGACACUGUGAUCCUUCACAAUCCAAAGCUCAUGAUGCAGUAUCCCAGCAGCUGCAAAGAGUUCCCCCCUUCCCCGAAUGAACGAACUCAACCCAGGACACUAAAGAGAGGAACUGAGAAUAUUCCAGUUGAGAUACCAGAGGGAGAACCAGAGAUGGUAGACCACCUGGUGUUCAUGGUUCAUGGUAUCGGUCCGGCCUGUGACAUACGUCUCCGUGGCAUUGUCCAGUGCGUGAAUGAAUUUCGAAACGCUUCCAACGGCCUCCUAAAGAGCCACUUCAGGCAGAGUGAGGGCUCGUGCAUUAUUGGAAGGGUUGAGUACCUUCCAGUCAACUGGCACAAAGUCUUGCAUGGAGAAACUAUAGGAGUUGACAAAGACAUUGAGAGAAUCACUCUGCCUAGCAUUAGCCGCCUGCGUCAGUUCAGCAACGAUACAGUGCUGGACCUUUUCUUCUACAACAGCGCUACGUACUGCCAGACCAUUGUGGAUACAGUGGCCUCCGAGAUCAACCGUUUGCACAGCCUCUUCCUCCAGAGACAUCCAGACUUCACAGGACACGCUUCACUGGUUGGACACAGCCUUGGCUCAUUGAUCCUGUUUGAUCUCCUGACCAAUCAAGAGACUGAUGCAGAUGGCACACCUCAUGAGCUCGGUGAGGACGCUCAUGUAGACCCAGGCUGCGGCUCCUAUGAGAGUCUGGAGGAGGUGCUGAAGGGCCAUGGGUUAGAGGAGCACCUCAAUACACUGCAUAGAGAACAAAUGGAUAUGGAGUCCUUGAUGCUUUGUUCAGAGAAGGACCUAAAAGAUAUCGGAAUACCUCUGGGUCCUCGCAAGAAAAUGAUGAACUGUGUGAAGAAAUGGAAGCACUCUAGAUCUGGAAGUGGACAUGCAGCCCAAAAUGAGACACACUCCCCAAGCCUAGGGAUGAGAAAUGAACAUCACAUCCCCACCACUAGUGCGGUUGAUUAUCAGCAUUUUGAUGUUGGCAUUGGACAAGUAUCCAUCGAUUAUCCUCAGUUAGCCUUUCAUCCGCAGGCGUUCUUUGCCAUGGGUUCACCCAUAGGAAUGUUUUUAAUUGUUAGAGGUCUGAAGAGGAUAGAUCCAAAUUACAGCUUCCCAACCUGCAAGAGUUUUUACAACAUCUUCCAUCCAUUUGACCCAGUGGCGUAUCGAAUUGAGCCCAUGAUUUUGUCUCAAGACAUGGACAUGCCCCCCAUGUUGAUACCCCAUCAUAAAGGCAGAAAAAGGAUGCACCUCGAACUCAAAGAAGGUUUGACUCGAGUCAGUUCUGAUCUCAUGGGAUCACUACGAAUGGUUUGGCAGAGCAUUUCUCAGGUCCCAGCGCCAGCGCUCGCAGAGGGUGGAAUCCGCUCCAUGACCCCUACAGAUGAAGCAGAAGUGUCACCAAUGGAGCAGGAGGAAAGAAACUUCCCCAAGGUGGGGACGUUGAAUCGUGGGCGCCGUAUUGACUUUGUCCUCCAGGAGACACCGAUUGAAAGUUUCAAUGAGUACCUGUUUGCCAUACAGAGCCAUUUGUGCUACUGGGAGUCUGAAGAUACUGCUCUGUUGGUUCUGAGAGAGAUUUAUGGAAAUAUCCCAGCGAGAAACACUCAUUUAUGAAUGUUAUAUACCUUUCGUACUGUACAAUUACCUUUAAAACCAGGCCACAGUGAGUUGGUUCGCUCCUCACAUUUUAACCAGCCAGCCAGCCAAUAAACUACCUAAAAAAA